AUGCCGUGUGUCAGCUCUCAUCUUGACCAGAUGGUGAAGAUGCCCAGUGGCUACAGCUCUGUGGUUGAUGAAAUCAUCAUGGUAGAACAGAUCCUGUCAGAGUUCAGGCUGAAUAAGGAAGAGCUCAAAGAAGUCAUGAAGAGGAUGCAGCGUGAGAUGAACAGAGGGCUGCGUUUAGAGACACACGAAGAGGCCAGUGUCAAAAUGCUUCCAACUUAUGUCUGCUCCACUCCCGAGGGAUCAGAGGUGGGUGAUUUCCUGGCUCUGGACCUGGGGGGAACGAACUUCCGUGUGAUGCUUGUGAAGGUGGGUGCAGAUGAGGAGAGGAGCUGGAAGGUGGAGACCAAGAACCAGAUGUACUCCAUCCCUGAAGAUGCCAUGACGGGCACUGCUGAAAUGCUUUUUGACUACAUAGCAGAGUGUAUGUCAGACUUCUUGGACAAACAUCAUAUCAAGCACAAGAAGCUUCCUCUGGGUUUUACCUUCUCCUUUCCUGUACGACAUGAGGACCUUGACAAGGGUAUUCUGCUGAACUGGACCAAAGGCUUCAAGGCUUCUGGAGCAGAGGGGAACAAUGUUGUGGGUUUACUCAGAGAUGCUAUCAAGAGACGAGGGGACUUUGAAAUGGACGUGGUUGCCAUGGUGAAUGACACAGUAGCCACCAUGAUUUCCUGCUACUACGAGGAUCGCAGCUGCGAAGUUGGGAUGAUUGUUGGUACUGGCUGUAAUGCAUGUUACAUGGAGGAGAUGAGGACCGUAGAGCUGGUCGAAGGGGAGGAGGGCCGGAUGUGUGUGAACACAGAGUGGGGGGCGUUCGGAAACAACGGGGAGCUGGAGGAGUUCAGGCUGGAGUACGACAGAGUGGUGGACGAGACCUCGAUUAACCCCGGGCAGCAGCUAUACGAGAAGCUGAUCAGCGGGAAGUACAUGGGCGAGCUGGUCAGGCUUGUUCUGAUGAAGCUGGUGAAUGAAGACCUGCUGUUUAACGGUGAAGCGUCAGAGCUGCUGAAGACACGUGGCAGCUUUGAGACGCGCUACGUCUCACAGAUAGAGAGUGACACUGGGGACAGAAAACAAAUCUACAACAUCCUGUCCUCGCUGGGUGUGCUGCCGUCAGAGCUGGACUGUGACAUUGUGCGUCUGGUCUGUGAGAGUGUUUCCACUCGCUCCUCUCACAUGUGUGGCGCAGGGCUUGCUGGUGUGAUUAACCUGAUGAGGGAGCGACGUUCUCAGGAGGCCCUGAAGAUCACAGUGGGGGUUGACGGAUCUGUCUACAAGCUGCACCCAUGUUUCCGUGACAGGUUCCACAAAAUAGUCAGGGAGCUCACGCCACACUGUGAGAUCACCUUCAUCCAGUCAGAGGAGGGGAGCGGUCGCGGAGCCGCCCUUAUCUCAGCAGUGGCCUGCAAGAUGGCAGCGUGUAUGCUGACACAGUAAGAGGAGCUGUGAAGCAAGCCUGAACUCUGAUCUGAGAACACUGAUGACAUGCUCAUCCACAGUCGGCAGCUCUGGCCUGUUUCAGGCUCUGAAGGAUGUGUGUCAGCAAACGGGACACUCACAGCUGGAAGAUGUACAGACAAGAACGCACCUUGUAUUAAACUGUAUUUGGUAGCGAUAGGCCAACUUGUAGCAGUUUCAGUGGUUUUGAACCUGUGUAUCACUGCCUGUUGAUAGUGUUUGGGUAUGCAAACAGCUCAUUUCAAAAAUGGCUGAUGUAUUUUUGAUGAUAUAUUAUAAGACCUGUGCAAACUACUACUCAAGUAAAACACAAGGAUGCUUUUUGUAAAUGCUGUUGUAAACUAAAUCAAAUUCAUUGCUUUACCAUGUUGUAAUUCCUGUUUGUGAGUAAUGAAAUAGUUCUCCUGUAUUGUAUAUUUAAAUUGUUAUGUUUACAACUUUGUGUGUUAGCCAGUAGCAUUUAGUUUUGAAAAUUGUGAAUAAUGAAAUGUGCUUUGGAUGUGAAUAAUCUUAACUGUAAAUAAAAGUACUUUAAAUGAA